AUGACUUACGACUUCCCCCAAAAGUACGCCAAUGCGGUCGAAGAAGGCCUCAUUCCUGGCUUUGCACUGCUUGCCGCCAAGAAUGACGAGACCAUCUACUCCCACGCUGCCGGCGUCCGGUCCCAGUCACAGCUCGGCAACCCAGCCUUCGAUAUGGACACAGUAGCUGCUAUAGCAUCUUGCACCAAGCUCAUGACAGCGGUCCUGGCCAUGCAGGUCGUUCAGGACGGACUCAUCGGCCUGGACGAUCCCGAGCAGGUUGCCCGCCUGCUGCCCAAAAUGGGCAGCCAUGGCGUACUCGAAGGCUUUGAUGAAAAUACCGACGAGCCCAUCAUAAAGCCCGUUCAGGUGCCCAUCACUUUGCGGGUGCUCCUGUCACACACGUCGGGUAACGAGUACGACUUGUUCAACCCGGACCUUGCCAAGUGGCGCAUGCAACGCGGCGAGCAGCCUUGGGUGGGCGCGACUGCGGAAGAAAAGACGUCCAUGCCUUUGACGUAUCAACCCGGCUCGAGCUGGAGAUACAGUUCCAGCAUGGACCUGACGGGACUGUUGAUCGAGAGACUGACAGGACGGACGCUCGACGAGCUCUUGAUUGAGCGCAUCCUUCAGCCUCUGGGGAUAGCCGAAGGAGAAUUUACAUUCUCCCCGAACAGCUACCCCGGUUCCAAGGCUCGCAAGAGCGACAUGAGCACACUGGACGAAAACACUCUGGCCGCGCCGGCCAAAGAUCUUCCUGGCUUCGACCAGACGUUCGGUGCGAUGGUCUGCCUCGGCGGUGGCGGUUCGUAUGCUACCCCGGCGGCGUAUUUUGCAUUCAUCAAGGCUGUUGCGCGGCGGGACGGCAAGCUGCUGAACGAGGCGUCGUGGGUUGAAAUGUUCCGUCCGCAGCUGGAUCAGCAAUGCGAAGACUCGCUGAACGCCUGGAUCCAGUCAUCGCCCUUUGUUUCGCGGACGGUGGGUAUGGGCUUGCCGGAUGACCUGCGCAAGUCGUGGAGCUUUGCAGGCAUGGUCUGCCUUGAGGGGCGUGAGGGCGUCGUCAAUGCUGGGACUAUCAUGUGGGGUGGCGUGAUGAGUAUAAUGUGGUUUAUCGAUCCCAAGGCCGAGACUUGCGGUACUUGUUUCGUUCAGAUCCUGCCGCCUAUGGUGCCAUCUGUCUUGGCUCUUCAUCAGGGGUUCAGGCAGGAGGCUUUCGAUGGCAUGCUCAAAGAGAUUUGCGCCGCGCUUCUCGAAGCCGACGUCAACGUGCGCCUCGUCGGCCAGCUGCGCAAGUCGAUAAAAUCAACCGUCAACUUCAAGGAGCUCCCGCCCGCCGUCAACAAGAAGCGCCUGAUUCAAAAGGCUGUCUUCGACGAGCUCGUCAGCCUCGUUGACCCCCACGCCGAGCCCUUCAAGCCGAAAAAGGGCAAGUCAAACGUCAUCAUGUUUGUCGGUCUGCAGGGUGCCGGAAAGACGACAACGUGUACGAAGCUGGCGAGGCACUACCAGAGCAGGGGUUUCAAGGCCUGCCUGGUGUGCGCCGAUACCUUCCGAGCCGGUGCAUUCGACCAAUUGAAGCAGAACGCGACCAAGGCCAAGAUACCAUACUACGGUUCCCUGACCGAGACGGAUCCCGCGGUCGUGGCGAGGGAGGGUGUGGACAAGUUUAAGAAGGAGCGCUUCGAGGUCAUUAUCGUCGAUACUUCGGGAAGGCAUAGGCAAGAGUCGGCGCUGUUCCAGGAGAUGAUGGAUAUCCAGAAGGCGGUAAAGCCAGACGAAACAAUCAUGGUAUUGGACGCGAGCAUCGGACAGCAGGCCGAGGCGCAGGCAAAGGCGUUCAAGGAGGCGGCUGAUUUCGGAGCCAUCAUAAUCACAAAGACGGACGGCCACGCAAGUGGUGGUGGUGCGAUAUCAGCGGUUGCGGCAACACACACCCCUAUAGUGUUCAUCGGCACGGGUGAGCACAUGCUUGAUCUGGAGCGUUUCGCGCCGCAGCAGUUCAUCUCCAAGUUACUGGGCAUGGGAGAUAUGGCAGGGCUUGUGGAGCACGUGCAGUCUCUCAAACUGGAUCAAAAGGACACCAUAAAACACAUCACCGAAGGCAUAUUCACGAUAAGGGAUUUGCGCGACCAGCUGCAGAACAUAAUGAAGAUGGGCCCAUUGUCCAAGAUGGCGGGCAUGAUCCCCGGCAUGAGCAACAUGAUGCAGGGAAUGGACGACGAGGAAGGAACCGGCAAGCUCAAGCGCAUGAUCUACAUCUGCGAUUCGAUGACGGACAAGGAGCUCGACAGCGAUGGCAAAAUCUUCACGGAGCAGCCGACGAGGAUGACGAGGGUAGCGCGCGGGUCAGGGACGCAUGUGCGCGAGGUCGAGGAUCUACUGACGCAGCAGAGGAUGAUGGCCGGCAUGGCCAAGAAGAUGGGAGGCAACAUGAAGAACAUGCAAAGGGCGCAGCAGGCCAUGGGCGGUGGAAACAAGCAGCAGCAACUCGCAGCGAUGCAAAAGAGGUUGCAGAGCAUGGGUGGUGCCGGCGGUGCCGGCGGCAUGCCGGAUAUGGGAAGCCUGAUGAAGAUGCUUGGCGGUGGUGGUGGUGGUGGCAUGCCCGGCGGCAUGGACAUGGCGGCCAUGAUGAAGCAGAUGGGUGGCAUGAUGGGAGGCGGUCAAGGGCGUGGCAGGAGGUGA